AUGCAACGACAAAAGGCUGUUUUAUUUGUCUGCCUUGGAAAUAUAUGCAGAAGUCCAGCAUGCGAAGGUAUUUGCAAGCUUCUUUCCAAAGAUAAAAUUUAUGUUUCAAGCGCAGGAACAAGCCGCUGGCAUAGAAAUGAAUGUCCGGAUGAACGAUCACAAGAAAUCUGCAUGAAGCAUGGCAUCGACAUUAGUGGAUGCCGUGCACGUCAAAUUAGAGCCGAUGAUUGGAAAUUAUUCGAUAUUAUCGCAGCAUUAGAUGAUACAGUGUACGAAAACCUUAACUCAUCAAGGCCAGAUGAUGCUAUAGCAAAGGUAGUUCUUUUUAAUGCUCCGCACGGUAUCCAGGACCCAUAUUACGGUGGUCGAACAGGUUUUCAGAAGAUGUUCGACCAAAUCUAUGAAGCAAUGACACCAUUUUUAAUCGAGAAUGGAUUACUAACUGCAGAAGAGCUUAAUUAG